UUCCCACCAAUUUUCUCUCCAAAUAGCGGCAAAAUGGAUUCGUAUUCUCUCCUCCUGGAGAGAAUCCGAGCUCCUCAACCCUCAAUCCAACGGUUCGCUGUCAUCUCCGUAUUCGAAAAGCUCCGAUCCGACGGCCCAGAUUCGGACGCAGCAAGAACCGCUCUCUCUCACUGCCUCCGCUCCAAAGCGGCCCCUGUCGUUGAUCAGACGGUCCGAGAGGUCUGCCGUAUCGUGAAGGGAGGGAAGAUGAGGGUCUCCCAAGGCCUUCUGGAGUUGCAAGCGGCUCUUGAGGGAUGCGAUGAUCCGCGGUUUGUUGAUGUUUUCGUGAAAGGAAUUGGGUUUCUCUGCCGGUUUGGGUUCCGCAACGAUCUGUCAUGGCGGUUUGAGUCGGUGGAAGGCCAUCCCUUUGUUAAGGUGCUUUCUUCUCAAGCUGAGGCUCAAGCUGAGCUUGUACAACAAGUGCUAUUGUUUAUCUCACAGAAUAUGUCCAUGGGGUUUGCCAGAAUUUCCGAAUUCUUAAGACCAUUUUUGAUGUUUUCUGUGCUGCGAAUUCCAUUUUCAGUCUCGUCAUCUUCAUUUGUGAAGCAGUUAAUAUCAUCAAUGGCAUCAGUAUCUUGCUCUUUUCCAUUGGAAGGGAUGCUGAUUAUCAAGUUGCUAGCAGGAUGCUUGAAAUAUUUUCCACGCAAUAAUCCAGAGGAGUUAAAAUAUCUCAUUUGUUCUACUGAAUAUCUGGUGGAUGCAUCCAUGGUAAUCUUGAAGCAAGCAGUUGCAACCAAAAUGCCAACGGAUGAGCUUCAAGUGUGUGGUGUGGAGCUGCUGGAGACUCUUCUGUCAUUUUGUACAGAACUUCACAAACCUUGUGGUGGGAUUGAGCCUGUCACUGAGCUGUCAAGGCGGUUAUUACUUGUCCAGAAAGAGCUUGGACUGCAAUAUUUACCAGCAUUUGUUUCAGUUGCAACUUCCUUGUCCUUGAUUCUCACCCAAGCAGAGUUUGAACAUGAACAGUUCUCUGUACUUAAACUAUCAAUCUUCAUGUUGAAAUGGAAAAGUGAUAAUGAACAUAUUAUGGGAAGAGCGACAUGUUGCCUCAAUGAAGAGCUUCUAUUUAUUUUUCCCGUUAUCAACCUUCUGUCAUCUCCUUCUAAAUCUGUUAAAGCUGCUGCAAUUGAUUUACUUUCAGAUUUGGAAAGGCUCUUAGCAGAUUUUGCAAUUGCACCAAAGAAAGUACCAGUUACCCCUGUGGGGUUACCAACUGUUAGCAAACCUGAAUCAAUUACUUUUCGGCUUCUGCAUCAUCUUUGGUCCAAGGAUCAAUCUUCUUUAUCCAACUCCUAUUUUUUGAAGCUUGUUUGCAAUGGUAUGUCUGAAUCUGAGUGCAAAAGGAGACAUGGUGAGCAGAAUUCAUGGGUAUCUCAGCUAAGAGAAUACUCUCUCAUGAUUGCUGGGAGGCAGAAGUCAGCACUGAUCUCACAAUGUCAAGAAAAUUUGUUAACAGGAAUGCCUUUGUUACUCUGUGCUAUUAUUUCCGUUUUAGUUGUACAUCCUACAUUGGCGAACUCUGCUGUCGAUUCUUUGGCUGCUAUUGGUAUUAUGGAUCCUAAAAUGGGUGUGCCGCUAUUGCUAUCUGUUCUCUUUUACAAUAAAAUAUUCUGCCAUAGUGGGAGCAAGUCACAUGCCAUAUUGCUCAAACUUUUGGGAAUGCUUCCAUCACUGGCCUCGCAUUCUGUAAUGGUGCCACUUAUUGUGCAGACUAUUUUGCCAAUGCUUCACAAGGAUGCACGACAAGUGUUAUAUGCUACAGCUGUUCGGCUACUUUCUAAGACAUGGGAGGUUACAGAUCGUGUCUUUGGGAGUUUACAAGGGAUUUUGCAGCCAUUGGCAUUUUCUGAGUUUGUCUCUGAAAGAAAUAUUUGCAUGAGCAUGGCUGCUUCUGUUCGCGACGUUUGCAAACAAAAUCCCGAUAGGGGUGUUGACCUUAUAUUGACUGUUUCGGCUUGCAUUGAGAGCCAAGAUCCCACCAUAAAAGCUUUUGGAUUUGAAAGUAUUGGCCAUCUUUGUGAAGCUGAUGUGGUUGAUUUUUACACUGCUUGGGAUGUCAUUGCAAAGCAUGUGGUGGACUAUUCUGUACACCCCAAUGUUGCAUAUGGCUUAUGUAAUCUUUUAAGAUGGGGAGCAAUGGAUGCCGAAGCAUAUUCUGAAGCUUCAAAGAGUGUUAUGCAGAUUUUAUGGGAAAUUGGAACAUCUAGGUACACUGGUUCUGGAACCACAUGGAUAAAGGCGCGGACCUCUGCCUUUGAAUCGUUGACCCAUUAUGAGGUUGAGCAUAUUCGAAAAGGAAUUCCUGAUUUUCAUAGAAGGAGUAUAGAGUCACUUAUAUCUGAAGAUAACCUUGAAGUACUCAGGGCUAUGGAGAGUUUGGAAGUCAAGAUUAUAACUUUUGAGCACAUCACUCGACGUAGACUGGUAAAGGAGAAAAGAGUCAUGGUGAACAAGGUUGAAAAAUUGUUGGAUGUCUUUCCCCAGGUCAUGUUUUCUUCAGGAAAAAGCAGGGAUGCUAGAGAGUUACCUGGUGCGGCUUUGUUAUCCAUUGCCUUCAAUCCUAAAGACAUGAGGGGCCAAGGGACAUCAAAGGAAUUCCUGAAACUGCAUGUCAGCUAUGAAAAUGCGCUAAUGGAAAUGGCUGAAUCUCUACAACUGUCAAGAAAUAUUCUUCUUGCUCUGCUCUCACUGCAAUCCUGGAAGCCCUUCAUGCACCAUUGGAUGAGAUCAGUUAUCACGUUCCCUGAUGCUAAAGUGCUUCCCAAUGUAUCAAAUAAAGGAUCAAAGGCUGCCGAUGACAUUCUCAAGAGUAUGUGUCGAAUUGCAGAGGAAUCCAUUCCUCGAUCUGCUGAGAACAUAGCACUAGCCAUUGGUGCACUGUGUAUGAUUUUGCCUCCAUCAGCCCAUGCAGUAACAUCUACUGCAUCAAAGUUUCUGCUGAAAUGGUUGUUUCAGUAUGAACAUGAGCACAGGCAAUGGUCAGCCGCUAUCUCUUUGGGACUGAUAUCAAGUUGUUUACAUGCAACGGAUUCAAGACACAAAUUCGUAAUCAUCACCGGACUUCUUGAGGUGGCCUCUAAUAGCAAAAGCAUCCUAGUCAAAGGAGCCUGUGGUGUGGGCUUGGGUUUUACUUGUCAAGAUCUUCUUACCAGGGUUGAAGCUGGUGACGUUUCUAACUUGGAAGAAGCCGGAGAGAUUACAGAAGCCACAUUACUUGGAAAUAUUGUUCAGUUGUUAUGUUCAAUGAUAUGCCAGCUGUGUCCAUCCUCAUUUGACUCACUACAAAGCCUUUGCAAAAGUUUCCCACUUGGUACAGAUGAUAUUUGUACAGAGGAAACUGUUGAUUUGUACAGUAACAAUGACAAUAACAUGGAGGAAGACAUUUGGGGUGUUGCAGCACUUGUACUUGGUUUGGCCAAUUCUAUUGUUGCGAUGUAUAGGGUUGGGGCUCAUGAUGCUGUGCUCAAGAUAAAAGAUAUGCUCAUAUCAUGGAUUCCUCAGAUUAAUUCAUCAUAUCAGGAUACAAGCAUUCACUAUAAAAAGCCUGAGAUACCAUUAUCUGUGGGCUCAUGUCUUGCCCUGCCCACUGUAGUGGCUUUCUGCCAUAGAACAGAACUCAUGGACGAUGAACUGGAUCCUCUUGUCGAUGGUUAUAGAGCACUCAUCUCAGAACUUUUAACUGUGAAGAAAUCUGGAACUUACCACCAGAGUCUAUUGAUGGCAUCAUGCAUUGGAGCUGGAAACCUCCUCUCCUGCAUUUUGAAUGAAGGGGUGCACUCUAUGAAAGCUGAUGAUGUAAAAAGCUUACUGGAAUUGAUUAGAAAUACUUACACCAAACCAUACCCUCCUGCAGUCCACUUGGGUGGGAUGCUUGGGGUUGUAAAUGCAUUGGGUGCAGGUGCAGGGACUCUCACUCAUACAUACCCUCAGCGCUCAUCUUUGCAGACUGACCAUGAGGCGAAGGAUUCAUCUUAUGUGAGGGGGCCUGUACUUUCAAGUCUUGUUUGUGAGCCGCUUUGUACAUCAUUGAUGCAAGAAAUGUUUCUAGUCGCACAGGAUUCUAAGGAUCGGCAAAUACAAAGAUAUGCUGCGUGGGCAUUGUCGUUUCUGAGACAUCGCUGGUGGUCCAAGGAGUCUCACACUGUGAAUGCUUCCAGAAACAACCCCAUCGAGUCCAAGCCGAUUUCUCAUAGUUUUGCAGAGGACAGUACUGUCUGGCAACUCUGUUUGUGGCUGAUGGAUCUUAAUGCUUCUGAGAUGGGUACAAUCACACAUGUGAAUACAGUUGCAACUAUUUUGAGGUGCCUCUCCCAAGCUCCUAGACUACCAUCCUUGGAUUGGGGGGCUAUUGUUAGACGUUGCAUGAAAUACGAGGAUCAAGUUUCCAGCGUGUUAAACCCGAAUAUUGUUCUCAAGAAAGGAGCACUGCGAGAGGAAUGCAUACGUUUUUCCUUAGCUCAUGCAAAUCAAGUCAGUCCCCUCCUGUUUUUUGUGGAUGAGCUCUCUGACAUAUCCAGGUUCAGGAUGCUAGAGCUGAAUCUGCAGUCUUUUCUGUUACGCCAUCUGGCAGAUGCGAUAAAAAUCUUCUCAGGUUCCAGGCUGGAGAAGCUGUUUGAUGACAUCGUUGAUUAUUUCAGUUCCUCCACUUCUUAUCAGUCAUACAAUCCAGAUCAGAAAAGCUUAUUGCGAACUUCAUUCUGGAGUGGUUUGUAUCAUUCUCUGGGCGAAUCUUCUACUGAGGUCCCAGAGUAUAUAUCAAACAUGGAGAAAUGCAUGGAGUUGUUGUUCUGUUUGUUGCCUGCUUCUCCCUGUGAAGAUGGUCUAGUGGAGAAACAGGCAAGUUCUGAAAACGAGUGGUCAGAAGCUGUGAGAUGUUUGGGUAAGGCGCCAAAGGAUUGGCUAAUGGAUAUCCUGCAGGUCCCUGAAAUGAAUUUGGUGCGAGGAAGUCAUUUUGCCAAAGGAGUAAAGAAGAUUUUUGCGAAAGCCAAGCUAGUAUUGACAGGUUCCAUGCCAGUGACUGAGCUGAGAAUGCUGAAACCUCACAUGUUGAAUACGGAAUCGGAUGGGAUCUGGUGUGCACUUGUGGAAGUUGUUGCAGCAUUACAAUGUGCAGAAGGCAGUAUCAAAAGGCAGUGGCUCCUCGAUGCAGUGGAGAUUAGCUGUAUAACAAAGUACCCUUCCACGGCACUGCAGUUUCUUGGUCUGUUAUCUAGUAGCUGCUGUAAAUAUAUGCCGCUUCUCAUUCUAGAUCGUGUUGCCGUCUUGAGUGACUUGCCGGUUACCCUGCCUUCUCUUCUCUCAGACAGCAACUGGCUGGUCAUAGCCAAACCUGUGGUCCUGAAUUUAUGGGCAUCAACAGAACGCAUUUAUGCAUGGGCAAUGCAGGUGGCGAGCGGAAAUGAUUUUUCUGGCUCGGCACCGAUUGACAGGAGUGAAAGCAGCAUGUCCGUUUCCCUUGCACAAGUGAUGCACAGUACCUGUGUCUCCUUGAAAGACUACUUGCCAUUUGAGAAGCAGUUGAGACUUGCCAACAUGGUGCUUCCAUGAAUUAAGGGUGCCACUCUGACUUCAGAAUCGUGCUUCCCGCUCACACUUCUAGCCGUUAAUACUUGCUAACAUUUUGAAGUAGAUGCUUCCCUGCUCACGCACCUGAAUCUGUUGCUGCUUUGCUUCACACUUCAGGCAGCUUUGAGAAAUUGUAUCAUGUGCUACUGUAACAUUCUUUAGCCUUUCUCCUAGAUUUUUUUUUUAAGGUCACUUCAGGGCAUUAGUAUUGUUCACGAGUUCAAUAUGAUCUUCUGGCCAUGGUUGUAGAACUGUCUAAAAUUUUAACCGAGUCCAGACUAUUUCUACGAGGGUCACUAGGAAUCCCACUUGUAACUUGUGACUCAAUUCCAAAUUAUCGGAACUCGUUGAGUUCGGUCGCUGAAUUGACACAGCUCAAACCGAGUCACUCAUGGCUCAACUGUGUUGUUGAUAGAAGUUGAGAAACCCCAGUGCAUUUUGAAUUUGAGACCUUCACCAGACAGACACUUGUAAGCACACCCAAUGAGCCUUUGCUAAUUUUGGCUGUUGUAUAUGUUUAAACUCUCAUUUUUAUAAAAGAAACACCUGUAACCACA